GCGUCGUCGUUUUUAACUCCUAUCUAUAGUGGACAGGUUGAGUUGUAACAGAGAAAGAGGAAGAAAUGGGAGGAGGAGAAGAAGAUCAACAGAAAUUGAAGAACACAGCAGCAGCAGCGUAUGACUACGAGAAUGAUCCAAGAUGGGCAGAUUAUUGGUCCAAUAUACUCAUUCCUCCUCACAUGGCUUCCCGUUCUGAUGUCGUCGACCAUUUCAAGCGCAAGUUUUAUCAACGAUACAUAGACCCUGGUCUAGUGGUUGAGCCAAUGACUACCAGCAGUUCGUCCCAAUCAGCAAGACCAUCAGCUGCACAACCAUCAUCAUCAUCAUCGUCCACACCUUCUAAUAACCAGCCAAGACAGCGUAACUCUGGUCAAGCUAGUAGAACUUCGGGCACGUCAACAAACCCAACUUCAAAUCCGACAUCACUUCGAUGGGACCGAAAAACUAUACAAUUUUCAGUGAAUGCUUGGGUUUUUGUUGUUGCAGUUCUCUCAAUAUUUCCGCUUACACCUGCAAAUCUGUCAAACAGAGCAUACCGACUGUCCUUCUUGGGAACUGCAUGUUCUUCGCUAUAUUCAUUAUACUCAGUAUAUGGGAAACCGAGGGCUUGGAAUUUACAAGCAGUGCAAGUUUGGUUGCAGUCAGUUAUUGUGACGAAGGAUUUCAUCUCCUUCAUUUACUGUCUCACUUUUGUCACUUCCCAUCUUUACCUGAAAUUUUCUUUGAUUCCUGUUAUAUGCCGAUCACUUGACCAUGUUGGUAAAUUUCUUCGACGUAACUUCAGCAGAUCUUCUUUGUACAGGAAGUACUUGGAAGAGGCUUGCGUAUGGGUCGAGUCAAACGUAACUACUCUCAACAUACUGUCUUCACAGGCUGAAAUUGGACUGGGAUUUCUUCUGGUUGUCUCUCUAUUAUCGUGGCAGCGUAAUAUUAUACAAACAUUCAUGUAUUGGCAGAUAUUGAAGCUUAUGUAUCAUGCUCCUGCUACUGCUGGUUACCAUCAGAGUGUGUGGGCUAAGAUCGGAGGGUUUGUAAAUCCAGUUGUUCAACGUUAUGUCCCGUUCCUGAAUACUCCUAUUUCAACUAUUCAGAGAUGGUGGUUCAGGUAGAAGACUUGCUGAAAGAUAUACAAGAGUUUUAGGGGCAGAAAAUACUUUUUUGGGAUAAUACUUUGUCCUGAAGGGUGACUAUAAAACUAGAAUUGUCUAGUUAAUAUUCCUAAUAAUUGCCUGUGGGAGUUACUUCCAAGUUUUCCCCUUUUUGGGAUGUGAUUUUUCCUCUGUUUUAACUGCUUUAUUUUGUAAACCAAAAUUGUCCAAGAACUGUUGUUUUAGUAUCAACUAAUCACACUUCUAUUCCUCUUGCAUGUUUCGAUUUUUGA